AGUUUGGUUGGUUGAUAAGGCGGUUGGGGCGAAAACCGACUCGCUGAGUGCACUGGCACCUGCGGCCGAGCGGCGCAAGGAAGGAGGAAGAGGGCGAGGAGGAAGCUCCUUGGUCCUGGACUACUCACCGUAGCGCGAUCCUUCUCCUUUGGAGUCGAAAGCAAAAAGGUGUCAAUACGAUUUCAUUUCCACAGAGAAGGCGUUGAGGAUCAUGGCUACCGGGACAGUUCCUUCAUCAAUGGCUGGUCUGUGGACUAGGGAUCGCCACUUCUAUUUUGCAAAGAGCGUAGACUUUGCCAGGAUUGUUGGUCUGCCUGAGAAUCAAAAUUUGAUGCCUCGGAGAAGAAAUGUGUCUAUGAUUAGGAAUUCCUCCAAAUCUAGCUCAGACAUUGUGGAGUUGGAGCCUACAUCAGAAGGAAGUCCACUCCUAGUUCCCAGGCAGAAGUAUUGUGAAUCGAUUUACAAGACUGUAAGGAGAAAGACUCGUACUGUGAUGAUAGGGAAUGUGGCUUUAGGCAGUGAGCACCCCAUACGAGUUCAAACUAUGACCACUUCAGAUACCAAGGAUGUGGACAAGACUGUUGAGGAGGUAAUGAGAAUUGCAGAUACAGGUGCAGAUUUAGUUCGGAUAACAGUUCAAGGGAAGAAAGAAGCAGAUGCUUGCUUUGAGAUUAAGGACAAACUUGUCCAGAAAAAUUACAACAUCCCUAUUGUUGCGGACAUUCAUUUUGCACCAGCAGUUGCACUUAGAGUAGCUGAGUGUUUUGACAAGAUUCGAGUCAACCCAGGAAAUUUUGCUGAUAGGCGAGCCCAAUUCGAGCAGUUAGAGUAUACUGAUGAAGAAUAUCAAAAGGAGCUUGAGCAUAUUGAGCAGGUCUUCAGUCCAUUGGUUGAGAAAUGCAAGAAGUAUGGUCGAGCAAUGCGAAUUGGGACAAAUCAUGGAAGUCUUUCUGAUCGUAUAAUGAGCUACUAUGGAGAUUCUCCAAGAGGAAUGGUUGAGUCUGCCUUUGAGUUUGCAAGGAUAUGCCGGAAGCUUGACUUCCAUAAUUUUGUCUUCUCAAUGAAAUCAAGUAACCCAGUCAUCAUGGUUCAAGCUUAUCGUUUGCUAGUGGCAGAGAUGUAUGUUCAAGGUUGGGAUUAUCCCCUGCACUUAGGGGUUACUGAAGCUGGAGAAGGAGAGGAUGGGAGGAUGAAAUCUGCAAUUGGUAUUGGGACUCUUCUUCAGGAUGGUUUGGGUGAUACAAUCAGGGUGUCCCUGACUGAACCACCAGAGAAAGAGAUUGACCCUUGUAAAAAGUUGGCUAACCUUGGCAUGCAAGCUUCAAAUCUUCAAAAGGGAACUGUUCCUUUUGAGGAAAAACAUAGACGAUAUUUUGACUUUCAACGUAGAACUGGUCAACUUCCAGUACAGAAAGAGGGCGAGGAAGUGGACUACCGAGGCGUUCUUCAUCGUGAUGGUUCUGUUCUUAUGUCAGUGUCGUUGGAUAUGCUGAAGACACCAGAACUUUUUUACAAGUCUCUCGCAGCAAAGCUUGUGGUUGGAAUGCCUUUCAAGGAUCUGGCGACAGUGGACUCUAUUCUUCUUAGAGAUCUUCCUCCUUUUGAAGAUGCUGAAUCUAGGUUAGCUCUCAAAAGAUUGAUCGAUAUAAGCAUGGGUGUUGUAGUUCCAUUAUCCAUACAGUUGACGAAACCGCUUCCUAAUGCAAUUGUCCUUGUGAACCUCAAUGAACUUUCAACUGGCGCUCACAAGCUUUUGCCAGAAGGCACUCGAUUAGCUGUAACCAUACGUGGUGAUGAACCUUAUGAGGAAUUAGAUAUCAUCAAGAAUGUCAGUGAUAUCACAAUGUUGCUACAUGAUCUUCCAUUAAGUGAAGAUAAGCUCAGCAGAGUUCAUGCAGCAAGGAGGUUGUUUGAGUAUCUAGAAGAAAAUUCUCUCAACUUUCCUGUUAUCCACCACAUCCAAUUUCCUAAAGGAAUUGAUAGAGAUGAUCUUGUGAUUACUGCUGGGAGCAAUGCUGGUUCUCUUUUAGUUGAUGGGCUUGGAGAUGGUAUACUACUCGAGGCUCCUGAUCAGGAAUUCGAGUUCCUAAGGAACACAUCCUUCAACUUGCUUCAAGGUUGCAGAAUGCGCAACACGAAAACUGAGUAUGUGUCCUGCCCGUCUUGUGGAAGGACACUCUUUGAUCUCCAAGAUGUCAGUGCUGAGAUCAGGUCAAAGACUUCACAUCUUCCCGGUGUGUCGGUAAAGUCCUUAACUCUUCCUGGUUCUGGAAUUGCACUACCAGUCCAAUUAGAUGCUUUGGCAAAUCCUCUACUCUCCUUGACUCCUUUGCAGAUUGCCAUCAUGGGUUGCAUAGUGAAUGGACCAGGAGAGAUGGCCGAUGCAGACUUCGGAUACGUCGGCGGCGCACCGGGGAAGAUUGAUCUUUAUGUUGGAAAGGUAACAUCUCAGUUCUUUCACUUUCUUGCUUUCCUGAAAUCUCAUCAUCGCCUCUCCAUAACUUUACGCAAUUUCUUAGACUAAAAUCUCCAAGAUGUUUAUGAUUUUUGUGUGGCAGAAUGUGGUGAAGAGAGGUAUUGCAAUGGAGGAUGCAACUGAUGCUCUAAUUCAGCUGAUAAAGGACCAUGGCCGCUGGGUUGAUCCACAAGCUGAAGAGUAGAUUCAAGACUCCACCAAGAAAAUAAAUAUAAAUGAUUUAUUUUUCAACAAAAUCAAAACAUUUUUCAUGGCAAAUAUGUACGACCAAUUAUAGGUAGUUUUGUAGUAUGGAUAUCGAUGAAGAAGAUGGUGCAUACUAAUUGAGAUCUUCAUUCAGUA